UCCCCGCAGGACCUGAGCGGACGCAGGAGAAUCGGGAACCGGUCAGGAAGGUCGGGGACAUCUGGGCAGCGGCCCUCUAGCAUGCCAGAGCCCCGACCUCGCUUCCUGGCGUCUGAAGCCACUGUGUUCGCACAGGCACUGCUGGCCUUUGAGGGGGGGAAAGGCACCUCCAUUCCUGGUUGGAAAGGCUGCGGGGUGCAGAAUGCGCCCUGAGCCAGAACGCUGCCCGGAGCCUCAUUCGUCCUCUCUGGACAAUGGGAACAAUUAACCCCUUCUAACUGCUGGGUUGGGGAGGAACAGAGCCAAUUGGGGGCCCCAGACCCAGGGGGAAGGGACUGGCAGUGUUCUAGCCUGGGGAGGAGGGGCCUGCUCUGAGCUGGGUGUCCGUCCCCUCCCCCAGCCCAGGGGCCUCCUGCAGCAAAGUCUUGCUUCUGCUUUUCGCAGGCUCAGGUAAAGGCACCCCCUGGUCUCCUCGGUCCCCAGCCCCGAGAACUAGGGGAGCGGAAGUUUGGGGAGUUUCUCGGAGCUUUUCUCUCUGCUCCUCUUCCCCAGCCUGGGAGUUCCCCAUUCUUUGGGCCUUGGGAGGGAGUAUCCAGAAACUUGAUCCAGUCCUCCGGUGACAUAGACACCUGCGUGCACCUACGAAGCCAGGCCACUAUGCUCUGAACCCAUGUCCCUAUGUGUCCCUGGCCAGAGUCUCGGGACCUGCCCACAGCUGCAGUCCAAUGUCGUGUGCCUGUGGGCCUGACCACCCCGGAGGCUAGCUUCCACACUUCCCGUUCUGGGGGCCAGCUUAGACCUCCUCUUUCCGGGGCAGGCAAACGAUUUGGGGGAUGGGAAGAAGAGAAACUUUUCCUCUGUAUCCCAAAGCUGAGCCCUGGGUAGCUCCCUCCUGCCCUUUCGGUAUCACGGGUCCACCCUCUCUCCCAGGGCACAGCCCUGGGUGGAGGAGGAAGCAGGCAUGCAUCCUCUAAAACCUACGGAAUGUACUUCGACUGCGGUGGAGACAGGCCACCCAGGCUUGGUGGGUCCUGGAAGGAACUGGGGCCCAGCACCCCAGAGACUGCCGAGUUCUUGGGUGAGGACCUGCUGCAGGUGGAGCAGCGCCUGGAACCUGCUAAGCGAGCAGCCCACAAUGUUCACAAACGGCUGCAGGCCUGUCUACAGGGCCAAAGCGGGGCUGACAUGGACAAGCGGGUGAAGAAGCUUCCUCUCAUGGCUCUUUCCACCACGAUGGCGGAAAGCUUCAAAGAACUGGACCCCGAUUCUAGCAUGGGGAAGGCCUUGGAGAUGAGCUGCGCCAUCCAGAACCAGCUGGCCCGAAUCUUGGCUGAGUUCGAGAUGACCCUGGAGAGAGAUGUCCUGCAGCCGCUCAGCAGGCUGAGCGAGGAGGAGCUGCCUGCCAUCCUCAAACACAAGAAAAGCCUGCAGAAGCUGGUGUCCGACUGGAACACCCUCAAGAGCAGGCUCAGCCAGGCAGCCAAGAACUCAGGGAGCAGCCAAGGCCUGGGUGGCGGCCCAAGCCACACCGCCACUGCCAACAAGGUGGAGACACUGAAGGAAGAAGAGGAGGAGCUAAAGAGAAAGGUGGAGCAGUGCAAGGAUGAGUACUUGGCCGACCUGUACCACUUUGCCACCAAGGAGGACUCAUAUGCCAACUACUUCAUUCAUCUCCUGGAAAUUCAGGCUGAUUACCAUCGCAGGUCCCUGACUUCACUGGACACGGCUCUAGCGGAGCUGAGGGACAACCACAGCCAAUCAGAUCUCCCCCCCUUGAUGACGGCUACCCCCAUCUCCAGGGUAUAUGGGGUAUCCCUGAGAACCCACCUGCAAGAGCUGGGUCGUGACAUUGCCCUACCCAUUGAGGCCUGCGUUCUAAUGCUGCUAUCAGAAGGCAUGCAGGAGGAGGGCCUCUUCCGCCUGGCUGCUGGGGCCUCUGUGCUGAAGCGCCUCAAGCAAACAAUGGCCUCAGAUCCCCACAGCCUAGAGGAGUUCUGCUCGGACCCCCAUGCUGUGGCAGGUGCUCUCAAGUCCUAUCUCCGGGAGCUGCCAGAGCCCCUGAUGACCUCUGACCUCUAUGAUGACUGGUUGAGAGCAGCCAGCCUGAAGGAGCCUGGGGCUCGCCUGGAGGCCCUUCAUGGUGUUUGCAGCCGCCUGCCCCAAGAGAACUUCAACAACCUCAGGUACCUGAUGAAGUUCCUGGCACUGCUGGCAGAAGAGCAGGAAGUGAACAAGAUGACACCCAGCAACAUCGCCAUUGUCUUGGGCCCCAACCUGCUGUGGCCUCCUGAGAAAGAAGGGGACCAGGCCCAGCUAGAUGCAGCCUCUGUGUCCUCAAUUCAGGUGGUGGGUGUGGUCGAGGCGCUGAUACAGAGUACAGACACCCUCUUCCCUGGAGAUAUCAACUUCAAUGUAUCAAGCAUCUUCUCAGCCCUGGCCCCUCAGGAAAAGGUCAGUAGCCAACGGACCUCUGAAGAAUUGCCACCUGCUGUACCUGUGCCAGCUGCCACUCCAGGUCCAGCCUCAAUGCCUGUGAAAGAAAGGACAGAGUCUGAAUUGUCCAAGCCAGCUUCUCCCAAGGUCAGCAGGAGCACCACAGAAACGGCUGCUUCAGCAGAGGACAUGACUCGGAGGACCAAGCGCCCCGCACCAGCGCGGCCUACCAUGCCACCUCCCCAGCCCUCCAGUGCACGCUCAUCUCCUCCAGCUCCAUCCCUGCCCCCUGGCUCUGGCUGCCCUGGCACUCCCCAAGCUCUGCCACGCCGUCUGGUGGGCACUAGCCUCCGGGCCCCCACCGUGCCUCCCCCAUUACCCCCUGUUCCUCCACAGCCUGCCCGGCGCCAGAGCCGGCGUUUACCAGGCUCCCCCAGCCCAGCUUCCCCUGGCCUGGUCAUUUCAAACAUGCCUGCUCAGGUGGACCAGGGAGGGGCUACAGAGGACAGGGAAGGCUCUGAGACUGUAGGUGGGCAUCCCACUCCCCCAGUUCUACCACCCCAGCCCCGGCCCAGGGUCCUCACAUCAGAGACAGAUUGAGCAGGCCUUCCUGCCUGAGACAUCCUCAGUGUGCCCUCCUUCUCCCUCUCUCUCCCUCUCUCUGCCUCCCUUGUCCUCCCAAGACAGCCCUUGCCCUGUGCCGGGGUGCCUGCUGGGUCGGCCCCCAUGGCUAGGAGGGCUCAGGUCAGCCCUCUACUUUCUGACCUUUUCCUCUUCCACUUUGAGCUUGGGGGCUCCCACCUGACUCCCCACUCUCUGGCAGGGGUCUCAAGGGAGCUACCAGAAGGAAGGAUGGACGUGCCCAUUCCUACACGACUUUUAUUUUUCUCUUGCCAAUGUAUUUUUGUAAGGCUCGUAAAUAAAUUA